GUGAUAUUGAAAAUUUGAAAUGUGUUAAAUUUCAGGGAUGAGUGUACGAAAUGUCCCCUUUCUGAAUGGAAUCAAUCAAUUCGAAAACUUUUUACGGAUAAUUUUGCGCCUUUGCGUGGAACUGUGGAAGUACCAGGUUUUAUCUAACUCUUUACCCCGGAAUUCUCGAUUCAUCAUUAGUAGUAGUAUAUGAUUUCUUGAUCAUCCAAUUCCGGAUUUGGAAACAGUUGGUCUGAGCACUCGGGCGAUUCCUUCAUUUGCACACCACAUGUUUGCUGUAUUGUUUCAAAGACCUAUUCCUCGCAAUUUGCAUAACCCUUUUGCUCCAAUCCCAAUCCACUUAACUUUGCUCGUCGAUCACAACCCUUUAUUCUAAGUGCCGCUUUUCUCUAUGAGAAGAUUGACCGCCUGCAUAAUUUUCGCUAACUCUCAUUUCCCUCCAACAAUUCGUUUAUUCUGUUCUAGAACUCCAGGUUUUGGAUUUUCCCAAUCUUCUUGUGUUAGCAACAGCGAUAAGAAAGACUCUCCUCCAACUAACAAUGGGUUUUUUUCACUUUCACCAUUGUUUCCGACUGCAAAUGCACGCUUGGAAGAAUGCAGGAUUGAGCUUGUGGAUAGUGAGGCCUGGAAGGUGUCAUCGGGCUUAGUGGAGGCGUGGAGGGGCAAUGUAGAGAAGCGGUCAAAGGUGAAGCCUUUACUUAGUGAUGAGGAAGAGAUGGUGAAAUAUGCACCUCCAAAUAAGGAGGACCUUGAUUUUGAUGAAAUUGAGGAAAUGAGGAUCCGCGGGAACUUGUUUUAUAAGCUUGAUAAAGAUUCCAAAGAAUAUGAAGAGUAUAAGUUUGAUUACCAUGGGAGGAAUAGAAAUAAAGGUAAUAAGAAGGUGAACGCAAUACAGAUGGAAAAGGCAAGUAGUGCUUCACCCUCUGGGAGUGAGAAAAGCUUGAAGUGCAUGGAGAAGUGGCAAGUAAGUAAGGAGAAGUUGGGCAAUGAAACAAGCUUGGUAGUGGGGAGAUCUCCGCGUUUUGAUAAGACUAAUGUCUCGGUUACUUGGCUUCCUGAAUUUGAAGCUUCUGCAGUUGCAAAGACCAAAAGGUCUCAAACUUUCAAUCAGGCUACAGCAGCUUACCAUGAGCCUUUUUGUUUGGAUAUUUAUAUAUCUAAGGGUUCUGCACGUGCCAGCAUUAUCCAUCGGGCAACUAGCAAGGUUGUUGCUGUGGCACAUUCUAUUUCGAAGGACAUGAAAUUUGAGUUGAGUUCAACCAAGAAUAGAGCUGCUUGUGCUGCUGUUGGGGAAGUGCUAGCCCAAAGAGCCUUGGCUGAUGAUAUCCAUAAUGUUGUUUAUACACCAAGGAAAGGGGAAAGAUUGGAGGGGAAAUUGCAGAUUGUACUUCAGGCUAUUAUUGACGGUGGUAUUGAUGUUAAGGUGAAGUUAAAGCAGAGAAAAACCAAGAAAGCCAGCAUCCUCCCACCAAAACCAUAGGACUCGUUAUUGAAAUUGUCUAUUUAACAGAAGGAACAUGCUUGUGUUAAGUCAUUGGUAUAGCAUCAUUUUUCUUGAGUCUUUAUCCCAGAAAAGCUUUUGUAGUAAAUUAAAACUUUGAAUCUUUGAUACUGUAGCUAAUGAGCACACAGCAGGAGUGUGAUCUUUGUUAUAUACUUGAGACUUCAAUGCUUCUGUUAUGACAAAGAUUAGAUUCAUGGAACUUGUUUGACUUAAUGUAGUACACAUAAGAUGAGAGAGGGAGUAAUGAAAUCUGCACCCCUGAACAGUGAAUUUGGAAAUGAGUAUUCCAUAGUCUGGUAUAUGAAUAUCAGGUUCUUUCUUUACCCAAAGACUGAAUUCUGUUUUCAGAAUUUCUGAUA